UCUUUGGUUUCCACCUCAGUGCUUCAUUUGGAGGGGCUAAUUAGGUAGAUCGUGUGUGUUUCUUUCUGUCAUGUGAUUGGUCGCUUCUCUCCCUGAGCAAUUCAUAAGACCACGCUCCAAUGCGGGCAGUUUCAGUGAAUUUACUGAGUGCUCCACUGGGACAUUACUCCCCAUCUUUCAAAAGGAGGAUUCAAAACAAUAUUGUAUUGCUUUUUCUUGAAAAUGAUUAUCAUCCUUCUACUGUCAUGUGUCACCAUAGCGGUGUCUGCUGUACCAGUUGGUACCAGUUUACCCCAACUGUCACAAGGAGGAGCCACUCAAAGAGUCCAGCCUACUGGAGCCAUAAAUCAGAAGCUUGAAGCUCAGACAGCAGCCCCUCUUUCCCCUGAUUUAGAGCCUGGGAUUCCCCAGCAGCCAGAGCCCAAGGCCAUGCCCCAGCUCAGCCAUUCAUUACCGCUGUACACCUGGUUUCCACAAGGGGGCAGUCCGCUCACUGUUCCCAUGCAAGGGUUCGCUCCUCUGCCACAGCAGCCUCUGAUUUUUACACCGUAUGGAUUCCUACCACUUCUCUCAUCACCCUAUAACAAUCAGAUGGUCUCCCCGUAUGGCUUCCCAAGGACACAUGAGCCACCUCUUCCACAAACUUUGACAUAUCAGCCCCCGAGCAGUCCGGCGUUGCCUGCAGAAAACGCUGCUGCAGCAGCUGCACCUUCAGAAGCAGGACUUCAACAAACACAGCAACAGAAUCCCCAGGUGGUAUACUUGUUACAGCAACACAUGAACUCAGCACUUGGCGGACUUAGCUCGGAGGAACUUGAGAUGGCAAACAAAAUCAGUCAGUUGAGUGUGUACAUGCAAAGCGUGCUCACGAACGUUCCUGCGGGUGCUGGAUCGGUUCCACCGGAGAGCCGAGCGGCUGCUCUCGCAAACCAGGAGCAGCAAGGCGUCAAGGCGGCUUCUGGGAGUUCAGCAGCUGGAGUCGCACCCUCGCAGGGGCUGCCUUGCUCUGGGUCACAGGCCACUGCCAACAAUGUCCCUGCAGGUCUGGAGAAAGCAGCGCCAGAGUCUCCCGGUGUCCAAACACCUGGUCAACCGAAAGCCUCGUCCACACAUAAAAACCGAGUGUGAGGCUGCAGAGAUGGUUUACGUUAUGCAAAUGGAAAAACUGCUGCAAAAUGUAAAUUCAAUUGUGAUGUAAAUUGGCGAAGUAUCUCAAGCAUAUUAAUAGCUACAAGGAAGUAUUUAAUUUAUCAUCUUUAUUGCUUUUUUUCUUCCAUAAGUGAUAUCAAAUAAAA